AUGGAAAAUGAUGCUUCGAGCGCCAACACCGUGUUUGCCCACGAUUUCUCCGCGUCACACCUUGAUUUAAUAUCGCAAAAUGCCGUUGCAGAUAAAGGCGUUGGGAUAUGUGUUGAAACCAGGAGAGCGCUUUAUAGCGACGACUUGGUCGACCCUGGCGAGGACUCGUCGGGAGAUGACACAUCUAACGAAAUCACGCACACAUAUAAGGAAACUGAGCUGCUGAGCAAGAUUAAGGAUAUCUCAACGAAAAGCGAUGGAAAAGCCUUGCCUUGGGUAGAAACGCUGGACAUCACCUCCGAGAAAAAAUGUAGUGAUGAAUUAAACCGAAAUGAAAUCCUAAAGCUAGAGGAACACUUUAAGGUCAUUGCUUCUGACUGUGCAAAGCGAGGAUUGCAGCGCCUUGCAAAAAUGGGUUUCAGUUUUAACCGUCCGUCCGAUUUUUAUGCUGACAUGGUAAAAACCGAUAUUCAGAUGGCAAGGGUAGUGAAAAAACUUGCUAAUCGUUCGAACAUAAUCCAGGAGAAGAAGCGCAGGCAGAGUAUGAAAGUGAAGAAGGUUUUUGACAAACAAGUGAAGCAACGGCAGAUGAAGAACAAGUUCGUCAAAGAUGUAGAUAACCUCAUCAGGAACGGCACAAAUAAUGAUUCAAUUGAGAAGCAAAUCGAUCGGUUGAUCGACAAUCAUUCUAUGGAUGAACGCAAAAGUAAGUCUGCUGGCUCCGCUAUGAAGUCGCAAAAGCAUCUUCCGCAACGCAAAGAGAAGGCGACAAAUAAGCCCACGAAAAAAACGAAGCUUCGCAAUUCAAAAGUGAAACGAGAUUCGGGAGGCAAAUCAAUCAAAGGAUUGAAAGGUAAUAAAGGAAAAAAAGGAAACGGCAGGGGUAAGGCACAUGGCCGAAAGUAG